CAAAUCAUCUCAUCUCUUUUCUCAUACAAUCCCCAGGUUGAAGCACCCGCAAAGGUUUCUUCACGCCCUAUUAUUGGAGCACCUAGCAAUGCGCCGUUGUUGGAUGCUUCCACAUUCUCCGGACUUGGUUUAAAUCCAUUACUUAUAUCCCAUCUCGCAAAUAAAAUGAAUGUUCACAAACCUACCGCGAUUCAACGUGCAGCCCUGCCGGCUUUCCUUUCUCCUGCCUUGGAUACGGCUGCUGCCCGCGACGUGUUUAUACAGUCGCAGACAGGUUCCGGCAAAACGUUAUCUUUUCUACUUCCCAUCAUUCAAGAUUUGUUGCCCUUGAGCUCUCUGUCCUACAUCGAUCGAUCCAUCGGGACGUUGGCGGUUAUCAUUGCGCCUACCCGCGAACUCGCCAAACAAAUAUCCGAUGUGCUGGAAGCUCUUUUGAAGCUUCGCCUACGACCAGAGGAGGAUGGUGGGACGGGCGAGUCUGACAACUCGACACGUUUGACUCGGUGGUUAGUCUCAGGAUUGUUGGUCGGUGGCUCUACCCGGACGCAUGAGAAAGCAAAACUGAGAAAGGGUGUGCCUAUCCUCGUUUCCACACCUGGCAGGCUGCUUGAUCAUCUCCAAAAUACAUCGUCUUUCAAUGUGGGGAAAUGUCGCUGGCUGGUUCUUGACGAGGCUGAUCAGCUCAUGGAUCUUGGGUUUGAAGAAACCAUUAAAGGCAUUAUUCAAGGUCUGGAUGGACGGCGACGACUUGCGAAGCAAGCGAUCGCGGAAGGUAAAAGCGCAGAGGUUGGGGGCUGGGAUUGGGAACAUCGUAGGAGGACGAUCCUUUGUUCGGCCACCAUUCGCGAGGAGGUUCAGAAAUUGGCUGGGACGGCACUUAUUAAUCCACUUAUGAUCAAGGCCACUGAGGCGGACAAGCCGACGGAUGUAUUGUCAAUGGAAGACAAAUUUUCUACCCAAUCCGAAACAUUUACCCCUCCAUCUCAGCUCUCACAGAAAUAUGUGGUCGUGCCAUUGAAGCUGCGCCUCGUCGCUCUUGUUGCUCUCCUUCGAACUUUGGUCGCACAAGCCCAAGGCAAUCGUGGGACGAAGAUCAUUGUUUUUCUGAGUUGUACAGACUCUGUUGACUUUCACUGGAAACUUCUUGCGGGGUCAACAAUGGACGAUGAUGUUGAGCCUUCCGCAGAUGAUUCUGAAAUCGACAGCGACGAGGACAUUAAGGCUGAACCCCAGACAAAUCCCCUAGCUUCUGAGCGGGUUCAAGCCACAUGCUCCUUUUUGCCGAACGUCUCCGUCUAUCGACUUCAUGGAUCCCUUCCCACUUCAACACGGCUUGCAUCAAUAAAAGAGUUUUCUGCCUCAUCCUCAGUCCUUUUGUCCACAUCCGUGGCGUCGCGCGGUUUGGAUCUUCCUCUUGUUCGUGCGGUGAUCCAAUAUGAUCUUCCAGCCGAGGGUGGCGCGACUGAGUACGUUCAUCGCGUUGGACGUACUGCACGCGCUGGGAAGGGCGGUGAAGCUUGGAGCAUAGUUGGUCCAAGCGAAGUUGGGUGGGUGAAGUGGGUAGAGGAGAAAAUGCAGGGUAAAAGCACUGAUGAUACCAAGCAGAAUGCUUCUCUGACAGGUGUGGCGGUGGAAAGUCUUUUACGGACAGGAUUUGGAGGCAAAAGUAGUGAGUAUGAGGAGCGCGCAACCGAAGUUCAGCUGGCGUUUGAGCGCUGGGUUCUACGAAGCAAAGACAAUCUUGCGCUGGCAAGGAAUGCCUUCCUUUCUUACAUGCGGGCCUACGCUACCCAUCCAUCGAGCGAAAAGCACAUAUUCCAUAUCCGUCAUCUACAUAUGGGGCAUCUUGCCAAAGCAUUCGCUUUGCGCGACGCUCCGACAAAAGUAACUGGUACUUCCCAGAAAGCAAAACAGCCAAAACUCCGUCAGUCUAAAAGUCAACGACCGAAGGAGAUUGCUGUGAAGGUUAAGGACUGGGAGCAACAUGACGGCGAUGCGGAAAAACGUAUGAAAGCCAUAGUUCGUGCUCAAGGUCGGCUCACGAAGAAGGGAGGCGUGAUGACCAGCAGCGGGGCGUCAGAAUUUCAGAUAUCAAGUGGAACGGCGUUGGAGAAGCUGGUCCAGGGAGGUGACUAUUAG